AAAAAAACAGUAUUUAAUAUUAAUUUAAGACAUAUUUAAAUGCAAUAUAUUAAAAUAAAACAUAUUGAUAAUAUUGGGGCACCAUGAAGAUCAGCUGCAGCUUCAUCUGUGUAUUUGCAGUGCUGAUCAAUAAAGUGUGUCUGCAGGUCACAGUAGAGGCUGUUAUCGGUGGUUCUGUUGUCCUGCCGUGUUCUUCAGCUGAACAUGAUCUUAAACUUCAAGACGUUGAUGUGAGCUGGAGACACAAUGGCAGCAAAAAUGUAUGUGAUUUAAUUCCACACAGUAAUUCACUAGAGACACAGGACCUACGGUACAAGAACAGAACCAAAACAUUCCCUGAGGAGUAUGAACGAAGAAACUUCUCCAUCAAACUCUCUGGUCUCACUCACGCUGAUGCAGGAGAAUAUAUCUGCCUCAUCACACCCUCAGAUGAACAGGAGACAGUAGAGCUGAUCAUCAACAACUUGUUUGUUGCAGAAACAACAACAGAAAAAGGAAACAAAACCACUGAUCAAGAAAAUCAAGAAACCAGACCAGAAAGUGUCGAGAAAUUGUGGCUUUGGAUCCCGGUUGCCAUUCUAUUAACCAUAAUACUGGGUUUACUUUUCUUUCUAAUUAUCUUUAGAAAAAAGAUCCCAAGCUGCCUUAUGUCAGGUGAACAUGGCCUGGGUUCAGACGCUCAUGAGGUUGUGAGCCCUGUCCCACGUUAUAAAUCAGUAACUGCUGAUGAUCGUGAUGAAGCAGCUAAAGCAGGUGAAUGACACAGAUGUGCAGCUUGGUGCUCCUGCAGCAAUUACAUGAAGUUGGUGCUUUUAUUGUUGCUGCCGCAGUGAGUGUGUUACUGUAUUUUCCUUAUGUCCACACUUUAAGGCUAGCUAGCAGUUUGGACUGACUUGGUCAUAUAUGAUUUUGGGCAAAUUCAAACAGAUUCCCAAAAUUUCUCAGCAUUUUUAAAAAUGAUUGUAAGCUCGCAAGGUACUCUACUCAUUAAGUUGCUAUAGAGAGCCUACAAUAAUUGUUUCACAGUUGUUGGGAUGAAUUUUGUUGAGAAACUGAAUACUGAGCCAUUAUUUUUCAUAUCUGUAAGUUAUGACAAGAAGGUCAGGCUAUCAAUAUAUGCAGUUGACUAUCAUAGUAGCUUGAAGCCACAAUAAAUGAACCUUGAACCGAAAAGAGUUUUCAAACAAAAUGACAUGCAGUACCCGUAGUAAAACAAGAAUCCAUAUUGUUUAACUUUCUAGAAAUAUGCUUCAUUUGCAUAACAUCACAUUUGACAAGGUUCACAAAUCAGUGUGUAUGUUGGUAAUAUUGCCAGUACUACGCUGAUCUUCUUGCCUUUAAAUAGCCUACUGUUAGUCAAAACAACACUGACGCUGGUACUUAUACCUGUUCAUAACAUUUAUAUAUAUAUUUGUCUUUCAUUUGUUAUUCAUAGAUUUAUUUAUUUUUUUGGAUUGUUUGAUGUUUUGAUGUCAUUAGUGUCAUUCGCACUGAUAAAGGAUCACCUGUAACCAAAGGCUCAAUAUGUGUAGGCCCAUUUCCACCACAUAAAAAAAAAAAUAAAAAUCAUGCUUUGGUAAAUUAUAAUUAUGAGAUUAAAUAGUUGAAACUGUGAGGUAAAAAGUAAUAUAUAAUCCAAAUUGAGAUAAAAAGAAAUUAAGCUAUGAGAAGUAAGAGCUGAUCUAGUCUUAAUACUGAAAACACCGUCAAACUCUAAUUUUUGCAAAUGUAUGUCAUACUUUUGACCUUUUUUUUUUUUUUUUUUUUGUCAAUUUCGACUUUGUCAUAAUUGUGAUAUGAAAGCUUUUUAUUUAGUUUUUGUGUAUGGUGUAAAUGGGCUUCUGUGGCUCAGUGAUGCAGCUCAAGAUUCAUCCACGAUAAUAACGGAGCUAAAG